AUGACAGCAGCUUCUUCUCCAGGCCAGGAUCAAGCUCAGUCUCUGCAGCAGCCCAGUGUCACUGUGAAACCUGUGGACCUUGCACUCACCAUAACUCCAGGGCCCACAAGUGAAGCUGAACCUUCUCCGUCCCAACAAGAGGCCUCAGCUCAGUCUGCAGGGUCCCCUGCGCAGUUGGAACCAUUAUUGGUCCAGCAGGAGACUCUGGAUCAGCCUCCAGCCCCCUCGGGAAAUGAACCUUUUCCAGUCCAGCUUGAGCCCCCAACUCACCCUCCAGAGACCUCUACAGCUGCCACAGUUCAUCCUCUGGAUCUGGAACUUACACUAAGCCCAGAACCUAAUACAGAGGCUCGACCUUCUCCUACCACGCAGGGGACCCCAACUUGGCCUCCAGAGCCCCAUCAGCCUUCAUUGUAUCAGGAGGUGACAGUUCCCACACCAGACCAGGAUCACCUUGAACAUCUAAUGUCAUCUAGUGUCAUAGAUAAACCUUUGGAUCUGGAGCUUACCAUGACUUCAGAACCUACUACAGAAGCUGAACAUUCCACAUCUUCCCCUCCAGAACACCCUGAGGUGACACGCGCCCCUUCAAGCAUCACUCCAGUCACAGUUCACACUGUGGACCUGGAAGUUACUGUAACCGGAGCAUCCAGUGUGGAUGUUGAACCUUCUCCGACCAAGCAAGAGACCUCAACUCAGCCUCCAGAGCGAGCAAAGGAGAUUGUCGUUCAAUAUCCACCCCAUCAGGAGGUGACCAUUCCAACUCCAAGUAAGGUUCAUGGUCAGCACACAACACCAUCCAGUGUCACACCUCAUCAUGUAGACCUGGAGCUAACCGUGACUUCAGAACCUGCUAUGGAGGCUCAACAUUCUACAGUCCUCCGGAAGACUACAGCUCCUUCUCCUGAGGGUGGCAUUUGCACACCCAGACCUGACUCGAGUCACAGUUCCACGUAUAGACCAGGAAUUUACCACAACUCGGCACCCAGGGUCACUGAAGACACCUGCUUCGACUGCGUGAACAUCUGUCAGCUCUGCACCUGCAGUGAUGAGACCUUGUCCUGCGUUGGUCUCAGCCCAAAGGAGAGGCUCCACAGAGUGCCUGUGCCAGAGCCCGACAGCUACAACGGCACCUUCACUGUCCUAGAUUUCCAAGGAAACUCUAUUUCUUACAUUGAUGAAAAUACAUGGAAGCCUUACCACUGGACUGAGAAACUAGAUUUAUCUUGCAAUAAAAUACAGUUUAUUGAAAGCGGUACAUUUGAAUCACUACCUUUUCUGCAGUUUGUCAAUCUUGGUUGUAAUUCAGUCACAGACCUGAGCUUUGGAACGUUCCGGGCCGCACAUGGAAUGCAGUUUCUACAGAAGGUGUAAGUGAAAUAGAUGAAUACAUGUGAAAAACUAUGUUUUGGUUAUUGGUAAUUGGUUAUCUGGGUGUAAGCUCACUGUGGAUUCCAGAAAUUAUGUCUUGAGAUCGAUUCUUUUUUUUUUCUUUUUUCUUCUUUUUUUUUUUUUUUCAAAUGA